AGUUUCGAGGGCCCAGUUCCUAAUUCCCAGAAUGAAACUUCUCUAUUCGAGCUCAGAACUCGGGGCCUGUAGGUGUGAUCUCUGAUGUCAUUUCCUUUGGGCCUGAGAAACCCGGGGUGUCGGUGCCACAGGGAGGUCCCUGUUAUUAUCACUUAUCAUUAAUAUAAUUAGCGAUGGGCUGAAGCCGUUAGUUUCCUUCCCCCAUUGCACCUCUGGGUUCCCUCUCUGCUGCCUCUCAGCCCAGAACCAACCCCGGGGCAUCGGAUCUCUCCCUCCGUCUGUACAUCAUGAAGCAGCUCCUUCUCUGGGGCUCUUUCUGUUUGGCAGGAGUCUGGAGUCUGAGCGGCCCGAGCCAAUUGGAAGUGCGUUAUGGUGAGGCCCUAACAGUGACCUGUGGCUACUAUCAUGGCUACUGGGACUAUAACAAGUACCUGUGUAGGGGGGAAGGGAGAUCAUCGUGCAACAUACUCAUCAUGUCAGAGGGGCCAAGGAAGGUGACCAAUGGGAGACUCACUAUAGAAGACAAUAGGACCCUCUCCAGCUUCACCGUGACUAUGGCAGCCAUGAAGCCCCAGGAUUCUGAUAUAUACCAGUGUGGCAUCGAAUUUACUGGCAAGGAUGGCAUGCACCCUAUCAGAGUCACCGUUCUACCAGGCGUUUGCAGGGCGACUGAUCCUUGGGGGCAAAUGGUGGACUUUCCAGAAAACUUUCUAUUUGUUGAAGAGAAGAAUCAUGUGACUGUCUCGUGCCGGGAGCAGUUUGUGGAGAAGACGCUUAGAUUAGAGUGCAGACAGGCGGCCAAUGGAUUCCUGCUCUUCUCUCCCUCCGACAAGACACCUUGUGUGGAGAAAUGCCAGAGGCCGGAGCCGUGGGGCCCGGAUGUGGCGCUGAGUCCGGAACAGGAAUAUUAUGGGCCGGAUGAGUGGGUGAAGGUCUCGUGCCCCCCAGGAUAUGGACCCAACGCCCCCAUCAUUCAGUGUAUAAAGCAGCAGAACACAAGCGGCUGGAACGUCACGGAGGUUUCCUGUGAGCCCCUCCCCCCUCCCCAAUCAAUUCAUUUGGCCGAAUUGAACCUCACGUCUGUUAACUCAACCGGAACUUCUUGCUGGAGUUUCAGUUGGGCGUCUUUGACCUUCGGCCUCCUGCCCGGAAUAUUCCUGAAGCUCCUGAUAUCCAUUUCCGUGGGGGGGAGACUCCUGUGCAACAUGAGCAGAACCGGUUCCGCUGCGGAGCAAGGAGCGCGGGGAAAGGGCGAGAGUGACGGCGCAGUCUCUAAUGAGUAUCGGCAGGGAUGGAGAGAGAAGGCAGAUGCCCCAGAGGAGGGUAUCUAUGAGUAUGGGGACCCGGCAUAAUGGGGCAAAUCUCCCCAGUAAAGGGGGUGCAGCUUUAGGGGCCCGGUACCUGAUUCCCCAACGUUACUGAUACAGGAAAUAAAUGUCUUAUCAACGCACAGGGAACCAAUCAGGGUGAAGCCACAGUUCCCCCAAUAUAAACGGCUCAGCCAAUGGCUGCAGAGAUAGAGAUGUGGGUUGGCCUGAGAUUCUGGCCCCUCUGGCCCCAUCAGCAAGUGAUCUGAUUGGUUGAAAUGCACUGGGGAAGUAGGGGAACCCCACUGGCUGAAAUUGGGGGGCUCAUUAUGUUCCCUUUCCUGCAGUUUUGGGGGUCAGUUUGGCCUCAAGGAAAUUCCAUUAUAUUUAACCAUUUGUAGUGGGAGAAAAGUGAGACUGUGGCCCCAGACUUUCAUGCCCCCCCAGUUCCUGGCACACAAAGUGGGGGCCCAGCAUUUCAUGGCACAGUCUGACCCCCAGCUUUUCCCCCUCUGUACUGCGCCCCCAUAUUACUCAAUGUGACCCCCCACUCUGUGCAGCAUCAUCUGAAAUAAAUUCCCCCCAUUUGUCUCCCCAGAUCCUUACUGUUUGUGGGGCACAUGAAUGGGGUUAAAGGUUCCAGUAAAUGUUGAAUAAAGGGACCUUGGCUGCUGUUAGGGAGAGAGAAAUGAUGGGGUUACUCUGUGCCCCCCCCCCAUGGGGCCACACUGGGGGUGAUUACACAGGGAUCUGCAUGGGGAGUAAGUGGUUAAUAAUGUGCUUCCCGCUAUAUUGACAUUUUCUGUUAUGUAUUUAACCCUCGCCCUUCUGCUGGGUGGGGCUCCGUGGCUACGAGCUCUCUGAUUGGAUUAAGGGAAUAUAACCGCAUUUAUAGAGUCACAUCCCUGGAUAAUUAGUUUUAUCAACAACUGGUCCCAGUGUCAGUGAGAUAAUGGCUUCCUCAUCCCCCCCAGCUGGCAUACGCUCAGGAUUAGCAGCCGCCACACUGGGCCUCACUAUCAUUAUGUGUCAAUAUAAAUAGAAUAAACCUGAUUUAUUGACUCCCGUA